CAUGUUUUUCUGCCUUUUGUCUUUUCACCUUCUCCCUUCCCCACCCAGUGCCCCGUCUAAGUCCCCACUCGGAAGUGGAUUCUCACCCCUCGCGGCCCUUUGUGGGCAAUGCCAGGAGGAGGAAGACCGCAACCUCCCGCUGGCUUUGGGAUAUCUUAGACAUCAGUAGUCUCCUAAGGCCCUCCACGCUGUCCGCACCCCUCCUUCAUCCUCGCGUCUCUUGGGACCCUGUCCUGCUGCCCUCAGUCCUCUCCUUAGUCGCAGACUCGGAGAGGCCCCUGAACCCCCUCGGCUUGGACAUCACCGGCCACCGUCCUGUGACACCCUGUGAUCUUCUGUCCCAAAUCUCAUUCCACUGACUGUGCCUGUCAGGGAGGGGACACUUGGUGCUGUAAAGUGAGCUUGGAGAAUGACAAGAAACAUGCUGUUUGUGAGUUAAGGAUCCAGAAAUGGGAGAGAGACUGGGAAGUUCAACAAGAAACAUGAAAAUCUCUGCCCAUCCUCACCUGGUGACCCUGUGCUUAGCAGCUACAAGAAGAGAAUAUGGGGACUGUUUUCAAGGAAAGCUUUGCCUUCUUAGUGCUGGGGCUGUCUGUGAAAAUCCGGAAGUGGACUCCUUGCAUCACAGUCAUUGAAAAUGCAGCCACAGGAAUCGUUGACAUUUGAAGACAUAGCUGUAGACUUCACCCAGGAAGAAGGGGCCUUGCUAAACACAUCACAGAAGAAGCUGUACAAAGAUGUGAUGCUGGAAAUUACCAGUCAUCUGGUCAGCAUUGGGUAUCCACUCCACAAAUUAGGUGUGAUUUUCCAACCAGAGCAAGGAAAGGAGCUAUGGAAAGAAAGAACAUUUUUCCAAGACCUGAGAACAAGUGGAGAAAGUGCACUUGAAAGCCAAAUGACAUCCACGCAUCAUGUCAGCAGGAGAGGCACAACUGUCAUCAUCCUAAUGGCCAAACUCCCUUCAUUCCAACUUCCACCAAAACCACUUAUCUGGAUCCCUCCCUGGAGUUGACACAACACGGAUCUUCAGCCCCACGUGCCAGGUUUCUCGGUGAUCCAUUACACAGAUUGAGCAGGGGAAAUGGGGGCAGUAUCAAAAACACCCAGUAUAAACCAUUGAAUUACUCCAGCCCUUGUCUCUGCCCAUGAACAACUCCCUGGGGCCAGAGAAUUAGGCAUCCCUGCUCAUCUUUCCCUCAGAAAGCCCUUGGGACAUUCUCCUUGAAGCUCCCCUAAAUGGGAGUAGAAGUUCAUCUCCUGACAUUCCACGUUUUAUUCAUGUGAGUCCUGAGUUAUGACACAGAGGACACAGUUGUGCUCCCCUUACUGUGGCCUAGCAGGUAAAGCACCUUAACCUCUCAGCCACCAUGCAAACCCUUCUGCAAUGUACUUUUCUGCAAGCAAAAUAAAAGUUGUGACCAAAUA